AAGAAGGGGGUUGUUUCCAGGAAGUGUUCAGCGUGACUCUCACAGAACAGCUUUGCUUUCUUUCUAACGGAACUUGUUUUGCUUGAUUUUUGCGCCGGUCCUGAUUCCGUUUCUCAGUCAGUCAGCAUGGGUGAAGAUGAAGAAAAAUAUGACGGCAUGUUGCUUGUUAUGGCGCAGCAACACGAAGGAGGGGUGCAAGAGUUAGUAAACACAUUUUUCAGCUUCCUCCGCCGCAAAACUGAUUUCUUCACUGGUGGAGACUCAGGUGCAGCAGAGAAGCUCGUCAAGGAUGCCUUUGCUCACCACAGCAAGCUAGCGCUGAAGGCCCAGAAAGAGAAGCAGAUGAAACAAGAGAAAGAAAAGAGAGAGAAAGCUGAAAGAGCGGCCAAGCUUGCAGAGGAGGAGAGGAAAAAGAAGAAUGACGACGGUCCAAGAAUCCAGGAGCUGACAGACGAGGAAGCAGAGAAGCUUCAGACUGAGCUUGAUAAGAAAAAGAAGGAAGAAGAGAAUACAGCGGCAGCAGCAGAGACGUCAUCUGACAAAGCCGAGAAAGAGAAAGGCUCUGACUCUGAAGGAGAGGAGGAUGAGAAGGACAAAGAUAAACUGAAGCCUAAUUCGGGAAAUGGAGCUGACCUGCCCAACUACAAGUGGACGCAGUCCCUGUCUGAAGUUGAUGUGGCAGUGCCCUUUAGCGUGAACUUCCGCAUUAAGGGCAAAGAUGUAGUGGUGGACAUCCAGCGGCGCUCCAUCAAAGUGGGCCUGAAAGGACAUCCUCCAGUUAUUGAUGGCCAACUCUACAACGAGGUGAAGGUAGAGGAGAGCUCCUGGCUCAUCGAUGAUGGCAAGGUGGUUACUGUCCACUUGGAAAAGAUUAACAAAAUGGAGUGGUGGAGCAAGAUCGUCACUACAGAUCCUGAAAUUAACACCAAGAAAGUCUGUCCCGAGAACUCAAAGCUGUCAGAUCUGGAUGGAGAGACACGUGGUAUGGUGGAGAAGAUGAUGUACGACCAAAGGCAAAAAUCCAUGGGCCUACCUACAUCUGAAGAGCAGAAGAAACAAGAUAUUCUUAAAAAGUUCAUGGCUCAGCACCCAGAGAUGGAUUUCUCUAAAGCCAAAUUCAGCUGAGGCUUUCUGUUGUCAGAGGCUUUAGAUUCACGGUUCAUGUAAAUGACACCAGAGCUGACAUCAGGCACCAACCAACUCCCCCCUUCAUCUCUCUACUGGACAUGCUUGUGCUGACGUGCAUGUCUGAAGUGCAUAGAUUCAUGUUUAAAUCUAAGAGUUUGAUAAAUGUAACAGCAGUGUUCUUCCUUUGCAUGUUGUUUCCAUAUUUAAAGAUGUGUCUGGAUUUUUUUUUUUUUUUUAAUAA